UUUCAAGUGAGAUUCAAUGUUGAACUCACCAGAAAAAUGCUCUAACCCUUUCCCGUUCAUCGCCCCAACUGCAAGUACUAUAACAGCUAGGAAACAUUCUCCGGCUCAUUCUUCGGAGAUAUCCUGUUUAUCCUUUCUUUUUUCUACAGUCGGCUGAAUUCCGGGCCUGCAGUCGCAUUAAAUGGAAGACUUUUCUCACCACGACGACUUUCCGGACGAAUUGUCACGCCCGUAUUCGCCUCACGACGAAGCCCUCGAUUUCCCGCACGCCGACGACGCAGAGACGCAGUUGACCCAGGACUGCGGGUACAAUUCCUCGGCGUCGUCGACACACACGUCGUCGGGCGACAUCCUCGGCGUCGAUUACGAGGAUGACGAGCUCCCUGGAUUGAAAUCCCGCGCAUCCAGCCGCUCCUCCGUCUCCUCGUUGCCGGGAUCGGUGUUCACGCAUUCGAUGGAGGGGGCGAAGACUAUUGCCCGCGAGGCGCAGGAAUCUGCCAUCUACUGGGACGACCGAUAUACCAAGGGCCAGACGAGGGCGGGACCCGGGUUGAAAUCCCUCCAGGCGAUUCGGCAGCGCGAGUCGGCGUUUCGGAAACCGAGCUCGGUGCGGGCGUUGCAGAUGCACACGGAAGACGAGGGCGACGAGGAGUACCUCACGCCUCCGAGGCGCAGAGGCGGACACCGUAUGUCGGAUAUCUCGAUGCGGUCGUCCAACUCGUCGCCGUUGAAGAGGUCGCCGUACUACUCGCCUUCUGGGUCGGCGGGCAAGCAGAAGGUGAAAAAGGAGUAUCCGCUGGUCCUGCUGCAUUGUACGCUUCUUCCACCUUCGCUGCCAAUCCCGGGCCUGGCGGGACCUCCGGAUCCAAAGGUCCUGAAGGAGGUGUUGCCGUCAGAGUAUUGGAGGCGGUGGAAAUUGUUGGAAGAGAAGGUUGGAUCGGGGGUCCUCCGUGACCGUGGCGUCCUGAUAUCGCAUCCGGAGGACAUGUACGAUUUACUCGAGGAUCGUCUUCUGGAGAGUCUGGAGCUGCAGCAUCCGCGCCUCGACCACGGGCAUUUCGUCGGCCACGAGGAAGGCGAUUCGGAGAAGGAAGACCAGGGGAAUAAGGAGGAGAGUGAAACGGACGGGGAGCAGGGCGAGGACUGUCCGGACUGUGGCGAACGCUUCCUGAGGCCUAAUCACCACAGCAGGAAGUGGGAGAUCAAGGUCUUCGCUGCGAACGGACUCAUGAGAGCCGGUGCGUGGGCCGCAGCGUGGAAAGAGAUGGAGAAGGUAGACGUCGAAGUCGGUCUCUGGCUUCCCUCGGAACUCAGGCGAGAGUUGGAGAAACGGUUGCUCGAUAGCGAGAUGUCCACCGCGCUCACUCGCAUGGAAGUUCCGCAGCUGAUUGAGCCCAUGAAGGAGUUGGAAAGCCAGCCUUCGCUGACUCAACCAUCGCCCUCGCUAUCCACGGUCAUGCCAGUUUUGUUCACUCCGGAACGAUCCUCGUCUCCUAUUCCUCCAGCAACCCCGACGCCAGCGCCCAGACAGCAGCAUCGUCCAACCCAGAACCACAAUCCCAUGUAUCCGCCGAAACCCCCGGUGGAGAUCGAUCUCCACACUUUGCUGGUGAACUAUAUUCGGGUCCUUGCCAACGACCGACGCAACGUUGCCAUUGCGCUCCUGAGUAUCCUUGUAAUCUUCUUUGCGAUCGACUACCGACCUAGGGAAGCUGCAUCAAACCUACGCCCAUUUCCACAAGAUGUGCUCAGCUCCACUUCUGUGCCAUCCAUGCAUAUAUCUCCGGUGCAGAGCUCCUCUGCAAACCGGGAGGCUCCAACCAACUCGGAGAUGCAAGCUUCAAUUGCCGCCAUUAGCUCGGUUGCCGCUGUCUCUCCAGCUUCCGGUCAGCCUUCGGUUGCCGAUAUCGUCAGCACUGCGACUGCAGCAACUAUUAGCCAGGCAGAGGAACCCACGGAGACAGAAGAGACUAUCGGGACCAGCUCUGCUGCAAUCGAGCCCCCGAAAUCGCAGCCCUCAUCCCUACAUGACGAUAAAGUCCAUUUCGAGAUGGAAAGCGCGAAGGCAGAAGACGCAGACACGACUGAACAAGCCCCAGCACCCAUCGUCGCGCCCGCAGAAAAACAGCUUGAUUUACAACUCGAUGAACGGGUCGAGCCUAGCCUCGAAGUCGUCGAGACGACAUUUAACGAUACGCCCCGAGAAUCUCGUCCUGAUGUCCCGAAGAUCCACGACGAGGCACCCAAAGAGGUGCAUGAAAACGAGAAACAGUUUAUCCGAACACAGACAGCGGCGAAGGAAGAACGAGCCCUGAUUGCUAUGACAUGAUUUGACUUUAUUUUGACUUGAAGAAUCCGAUUGACGACUGAUAUGACACGAUUAGCCUGAUAUGUUGAUGCGCCUUUCCCUCUGACUCUGAUUAUGAGAAUGUGAUGUAGCUUAGUUGCUGUUUAUUUAGU